AUGGUGAUACUGUGUGAUAAACGUGAAUGGAACCAGUUGAUAAUAGUUUUGAAUUUUUUGAUCAUUUUCCAAACAUCUGUUGCGCAAAGCCGGGCGCCCCGUAUAAAGGAGCACCCAGCUGACACAAUAGUUGGGAGGAGCGAACCCGCUACCCUUCGUUGCGUGGCUGAAGGAAAGCCCAAACCAACGAUCCAGUGGUACAAAGACGGCUCUCCGCUUGCGCCGACUGACCAUCCGCACAGGGUUUUGCUUGAAGAUGGACUUCUUUUUCUCAGGGUCAUGCGUGGUAAGAAAGAGAGCGACGAGGGCGUCUACUGGUGCGUCGCACGUAACACUGUCGGGGAAGCGGUUAGCAAGAACGCGACACUUACUAUCGCUGUUCUACGUGAUGAAUUCCGAAACGAGCCACGGGACGUGAAAGUAGCUAGUGGAGAGCCAGCAAUGCUAGAAUGUUCUUCACCCAAGGGUGCUCCAGAUCCUUCAGUACAUUGGGUUAAAGAUGGAAGAACGCUUGAUGUCGAUGUUAAUGGAAGGAUAGCUAUAGUCGACGGAGGAAAUCUAAAGAUAAUAGAAAGUCUUGCAUCUGAUAGCGGUGUAUACAAAUGUGUGGCGUCUAACGUAGCAGGCGAGAGACAAUCUCGUCCCGCCACAUUACUCGUAUUACGUAGACCACAUUUUCUAGUGAAACCCAAUAAUAUAACGGCACUGAUUAACCAGAACGUUGAGUUUCAUUGUCAAGCCUCACCGGAGUCAGAUGUAUCAGUGACAUGGUCACGUGAUAAAGGUCAAUUAUCUCCGUAUGCAAUAAUAAGAAGGGGUUCGUUAAGGAUAGAUAGAGUGCUCCCGUCAGACGCUGGGACUUAUACUUGUCGCGCUGAGAGCCAAGCAGGAACCAGUGUGGCUAGUGCUACGCUGACUGUGCAUUCUCUACCACAUUUCACGCGUGUGCCUUCUGAUCAAACAGCAUGGGAAGGAGAAUCCAUCUCAUUUCCAUGUGACGCUGAUGGUUCUCCGAAACCAGUUAUAUUCUGGACGAUGGAGGGUUCUCAGGAAAUCAUAUUUCCAAAUUCUGUACACGCAUCGGGGUCUCUUUAUUUGGACCGAGUGUCUACUCAACACGCCGGUAGAUGGACGUGCGCAGCUGUCAGCGCCGCAGGAAGUGCAUUACAUACUGUUACUUUGCAGGUUUUACGGAGAGAAGCAAAUUCAUUCAAUGGGAACCUAGAGUCAUCGUCUCCGUAUCCCGAUAUUAAUAAACCUCAAAAUCAUCCACCAAUGACUCAGUACGAAUUAGUGCAAGCUCGUCGAUAUUUACAGAAGGAUGUAUUGGUCCUUAGACGAGUUGAAGGAAUUUCGUCGACAACCCUAAAAAUUGUGUGGGACGUACUGACUGAUUAUAACGAAUAUUUAGAAGGAGUGAAAAUAUGGUUUAAUGGGACGUCGUUGAAUAAACAAUUUGCUUUAGAACUUCAAAAUCAACCGGUCAAUGGUAGUAUAGACAGUUUGAUAGAAUUAGCAAAACAUGAAAAUUUUACAAUGACAACGGUUCAUAAUAGUGGAUCCUCAAGCCAUGUACUCACAGGGUUGAUACCAUAUGCCAAAUACAAUAUAUUUUUGAUGCCAUUUUACAAAUUGCUACUUGGGAAACCGUCCAACAUGAAGACUGGUUUUACAGAGGAAGAUGUCCCCACGGCUCCACCGCACAGUGUAACAGCUGGUGUAAUAAAUUCAACAUCAGCGUGGAUUCGGUGGGACCCGCCGCCAGUUUACGCGUGGAAUGGAGAAAUAACUGGAUAUUUGAUUGAGGUGAGGGUGGGAGGGAGCAACAAUGGUCGUGUUGUGGGUCAGAUGUCACUUGGAGCCAAAACCCGUGCUGCAGCAGCCAGUUCUCUCAGGGCUGGAGGGCGUUACGUAGCACGCGCUGCGGCGGUGACUAAACGCGGUCACGGGCCGUUCAGUGCGCCUGCGCAGAUACAUAUGCUGCCUACACAGUCACAGAGGCAUUACGUGCAAACGGAACCAGCCAGAGACAAAGCAAUUUUGUCCGUGUUCCAAGAAACUUGGCUGCUCGUUUUAAGUUUGAUUUUAUUGGCGAUCAUUCUAGUCGGAACAGGCAUUAUAAUUUAUUUACGCCAGAAGCAAUCAAAACAACGAAAGAGCCACAAUUCAGCAAAUACUCCAAUUACGAAUACACAGCAAUGUUUACUCGGUAAAGAGGCUGUGUGGAUGCGAGAGCGGCCUUUGUAUGACGCAAAUGAGCCGCGUGUUGAAAUGUUGAACUGCCAUCAAAGUCUUUUACACGCGGGAAAUUCCAUUGGCACAAUGACUAUGGAAGCAGAGUAUAGCUUACCUCAGCAUUCUGCUACGAAGGAUAUCAUACGCCAAGAUGAUAUAAGAAAGUUUCCGCCGGAAGCAUAUGCAUCUAGUGCAAUAUAUAGUGAAUUGAAUAAUUAUCAGGACCACACAGAUGCCGAAGAUUCCUGUAUCAAAUGUGCUGUUAGUCCAGGUUCAUAUGACAACAGUAUGGUUAGAUCAUUCGCUGAUAGCAAUCAAUAUUCCGCCGAAGAGUGUUCAACCUGUUGUAGGAGUAGUAGUAAUAGUUCCACAUUAACAAAAGAUUAUAGUGAUAUGACAAAAUGCAAUGGCGAUGACCAAGAUCUGUCGAUUGAAGAAUGCCCUUCGUGUAAGACAGCUCAGUCCAAAACAUCAAGUCAACAAGAAGCCAAAGCGUGGACAGCGAUAGCUGAUGUUGAAUAUGAUUACCCUCAGUGGCAGUGGCUAGCCCGAGAAAAUAGCUUUAGACAGGUUUCACAAGAACCAAGAUACGAGACUCAAAGUAGACGGAGCGAGCAAAAUUGUAGAAUGAAUCUGUGUGAUAUACUUCCACCACCUCCAUAUGAAAGGGAAUCGCCAUAUCGUGAAAUGCACCCAUACGGAAGCAACACCGGUGCGUCUGGAUGUUCUGGACAUUCUUACAGAAGCUAA